AUGGCGCGGCACAAAAUCCCUCCGGUCGCGCCAACAACGGCAGUAUCAGACGCGAUGCGCCGAGCUUCGACUCAGAUAGCGCCGCCAACAGCAGAGACCCUAUUCGGGCCGCAAUUCGAUUCAGCAAGAUCCAAAAAGUCCAGCAGCAAAGGCAGGACUCCUAGUCUCCGCUCGUCGCAGACCCGCGCGACUUCAGAACCAACUGCCAAGCCUAAGGCAACGCCCCUGGGCAAUGGAUCCACCGCGCCCGAAGUCUCUCAAUCAUCGUCUCGUGCGUCCUCCUCGGAUGCUGGCGACGUCGCAGUCGAGGAUGCACACACAAUAAGCGACGCCAAGCGGCAGAAGCUCAACGAUGCUCCUCGUCGAUCUACUCGCCUGAAGCCAGCGAUUGAGGCCAGCACCGCCGUUCACCCAGUUGCUCCUGCCAAGAAGGCUCUACGGAAGGUCGCUGAUCCUGUUGAAGCUACACCCAACAACGAAGACACUAGCAGCCUAACAUCCACUCGCGAGAGCCGUGGUAGCGAGGAUCCUUCGAGCGCGCCGACAUCCGUCAGUGGGGCUGCCGUUGCUAGCGAACCUCAGUCUGAAUAUCCGCCACUACCGACAGGUGAAGAUGGCGGCCAGCAUCGAAGUCCUCUCGCUUCUGCGCCGCCACAGCCUUUUCCCACCUCCUUUCCUCCUGCCUUGCCAAUGUUUCCAAUCAUUCCUGGACCUAAUGCCUUCGCUGGCAUGCCGCCUGCCAUGGGCCAACCUCACAUGCCCUUUUAUCAAGCCCUCAAGGCCCAAUGA